AUGGUAGACAGGACACGUUCUAGCUCAAAGGGCGCAGUUUUACCAUUAAUAGCCGUGUCUACUGGGAAAUGGACACGUUCUAGCCCAGGAGGUACGUUGCAAGAGACACCGGUAAAGUUGUUACGACAAACUCGUGCACGAAAGGAAUCGAGGCUGGAAGGUAUUUUGAACGAGCUAUCGGUUGACGUGAUGGAGGAUAUCGUAGUGAACGACGGUGCGCCUGCCAGUAGUCUGAUUCCUUCAGAAUCCCUUCACCACCUUUGCCGGAAAAUUUGCAGACCGGAAACUCAAUCCAUCUCUUGCUAUUUCGAGUUUGGCAAAGCACUCAAGGAUCGGCUUGACGGUCUCAUAGAGAAAAGGUUUGUAAAUGCUCGAGAAACACUAAACAAAGAAGUUCUUCGUAAUUUUCCCGCCGGCACUUCUCUCAAUUUUGCAAAGAGGAAAAUGGAAAAGGCCCGAAAGAUAUAUGAUCUUUUCAGUGUCAUAGGUGUAAGCAAGAUUCAACGAAUUCGAUCGUUCUCCGCGGAUGCGAUUUCCUCACUUACAAAGGAUGAGAUCGGGUACAUAAAAGGAAAAUUCUCAUAA